AUGUCAAGCAGUCGUGGGGCAUUUGCACCACAGUUCUCAAAUGACUACAUACAACCUAACUCUAGCCUAAUGGCAGGUGUCAAUUACGUCGUAGGGGAAACGCCGUCCACGUGUAGUGGACCUUGUCUCAACUUAUCGACAAGGCCGUCUGUCCCUCAGUCGACUAUGGCCUCUGAGAACGGGAUUGGUGUACCGCAACCAAAGUAUCCAGAACAUUCUUUGCCUUCCCAACCGGCCUAUAGCCAGCAACUGAGUGAUUCCUUCGUCAGUGUCCCUCAGCCAAUGGAAGGCUACCAAAUGGACAGACAUUUUUGCAAGCAUUUGGAGAAUAAUUUCUUUCCUUCUUCUGCGCCUCCUGAAGCAUCCACGUGCUUUGGAAAUUUUAAUUCACCAACAAAUGAAUUAAACUUCUAUUUCUCACAAAAUACGCCUGAACAAUCCUCUUGUGAUUCAGCAAUUCCAGAUAGAAUUCCUGUCCAGCCUUCCACUUUCUCAGAACGACCUCCGAUGCUGGUGUGUAUUCGAUCUCCACCGAAUCGAUUUGGACCCAAUGGUAGGUCACUAAGCACAGGCCAGGCGCCGAGUUUGUACUAUGAGAAGGGUUGGAACACUGGAGGGAAUGAUUUCUACCCUCAAAGAAAUACAGACCUACCACCACAACCCCUUAAUACUGCCAAUCCAAUGGCACCGCGAACCUGUUGUGGUAACAUGCAAUUCAACUCCCGAUCUGAGAUAACUUCUCUGGCUGUUGAAGAAAAUGCCGUGAAUAUCUUCUCCAUGACACCAUCUCAUCACCAUCGACAUUGUCCUCAUCUACAGCAGACCAUUCCUUGUCUUCAAAGGCAAGCGGCAAAAUCGCAGCCCCAAGAAGCGCACCAGAACAGCUACUAUGAUAAUCACUCAGGUUUCUACGAAAUGAGUAGUCGCAAAGCAAACUCCACCUAUUGUGGAUCUUAUCCAACUGAGCCACUCUUCUCCGUAAAUCCGACUUCUUAUCCAGAUGGGAAUAUAAAUGGAGGUCAUUUUUCUAUGAAGGCCUAUAUGGAGGAAGAUGACGAUAUUAGUCAACAGCUACAUUCCACAAACCUGGGCCCAACCCCGCCCAAACAAGUACCACUUAGUUUCCCCCAACGACCAACAGAUGAGUUGCAAUUUGCUCACAGUUAUACAAAUGGAAGUAUGAUGUUCCCAGAUCGGCAAGAACAACACAGAAAACUCUCUCUUAACCAUCUACCAACACAACAUGAGAAUUUCUUUUACCCUCCCCCAGAGGAGCAGAAUGAAGAUACUCUUUUUUCGGAGGAGAUGAUAAGUCCAUGUGAUGAUGACUUCCCAAAGUCCUUUGCAGACGCUGUUAGUUUGGAUGAUAUUAAGCUCCCCCAGCUUCUUGAAUGCCAAACACCUAGCACUUAUAGGCCCAAAAGUGGGUCAGCUGAGAGGCCUCAAAGAGGUCACAAAAGGGCAAAUCUUAAUUGGUCUUCACCAGAGUCUACAUCACCUCCUCAGAGCACUACCGGUGGAAAUACUAGCAGCACUGUUCGACAGUCCCCUAAUCAAGCCAACUUCCACACUUGCCCUUAUCCUGGCUGUCCAAAGAGAUACUCCAAGAGCUCUCAUCUCAAAGCACAUGUUCGAACCCAUACCGGUGAAAAGCCAUACGUCUGCAACUUCCGCGACUGCACAUGGAAGUUUGCUAGAUCGGAUGAAUUGACACGACAUAAGAGGAAGCAUACCGGUGAGAAACCCUUUGGUUGUGAGACGUGCAAUCGCCGUUUUACAAGAAGUGAUCACCUCCAACUUCACAAAAGGACUCAUGAAAGUACUCACCCCAGUAACAACCCUCCAAUUACAACAAUGAUCUCUGGGUCCCCACAACCAACCUCCCUACCCCCUCCUAUCACCUCCUACAUGUCAAAGAACAUGUCUCAGGGAGCAAUGAUACACCCACCUUCUGUUAAAACCUCUUCAACACCUCCCCUUUGCUAA